CCGAGCGUGAGAAAAUAGUCGCCCUUUUUCGCUUCAAAGCAAACACACUUCCCUCUUCAAACAGAGUGAAAAAAAGAAAACGGAGAGAGAGAGAGAGUGAAAGAAAAAAAGAGAGAGAAAGUAGACCUCUAUAGACCUUGUGGUAGUAGCAUAUUACCAUAGACAAUAGGAAUAUCAAGUUGUCUUCUCUGAACUGAUCCUCAGAAACCCAGAACAGAAGAAAGAUCUUAUCAAAAAAACCUGAAAGAAAAAAAAAAGAGAAAAAGAGAAAAAAAAUGGGUGGGGUUACUUCAUCCAUGGCGGCGAAAUUCGCCUUCUUCCCACCGAACCCUCCGUCCUACAAGGUAAUUACGGACGAUGCCACUGGGCUUCAGCUGCUUGACCCUUUCCCCCACCGCGAAAACGUCGACGUUUUGAAGCUCCCCACCCGCCGCGGCACCGAGAUCGUCGCCGUCUACGUCCGCCACCCCAUGGCCUCCUCCACGCUUCUCUACUCCCAUGGAAACGCCGCCGAUAUCGGCCAAAUGUACGAGCUGUUCGUCGAGCUCAGCAUCCACUUGCGCCUCAACAUCAUGGGCUAUGAUUACUCUGGCUAUGGGCAGUCAUCAGGAAAGCCAAGUGAGGCGAAUACUUACGCGGACAUAGAAGCUGCGUAUAAGUGUCUUGAAGAGACAUACGGUGCUAAGCAGGAAGAUAUCAUCCUGUAUGGUCAAUCAGUUGGAAGUGGACCUACUGUCGAUCUUGCUGCUCGUUUGCCUCGGCUAAGAGCCGUUGUUCUUCACAGUCCCAUACUCUCGGGUCUAAGAGUCAUGUAUCCUGUCAAGCGCACAUACUGGUUUGACAUUUAUAAGAACAUUGACAAAAUCCCUCUAGUUAAAUGUCCUGUGCUUGUAAUACAUGGAACAGCCGAUGAAGUUGUUGAUUGCUCUCAUGGCAAGCAACUUUGGGAGCUCUGUCAAGAGAAAUAUGAACCCUUGUGGCUCAAAGGCGGAAAUCAUUGUGAUUUGGAACUCUAUCCGGAAUACAUAAGGCAUCUCAAAAAGUUCAUAUCAACGGUGGAAAAGUCGCCUUCGCGAAGGUUUAGCUCACGAAAAAGCACAGAUCGCAUCGAACAUUCCAGACGGAGUACAGACUGUUAUGAGGCUCCGAGGAAGAGCACUGACCGGAGAGAGAAACCUAGGAAAAGCAUCGACAGGCCUCCCGACAAGCUGAAGACUAACGAGUACAAGUUUAACAACAUUGACAAGCUAGAAAAGUACAGAAUCUCUUUUGAUCAGGUGGAGAGGUCAAGGAGAAGUGUGGAAUACCAUGAGAAAUCUAGGAGAAGCAUUGACCAACAGCUAGAAAAGGCUCGGAAAAGCGUAGACUGGCUGGAUAGAAUUCGAGCCGCUUAAAAAGUUUUUUUUUUUUUUUUUUUUGGUUACAGGUGUGGUUCUUGGGAAGGAGUCAGAACAGAAAAAUAGAAAACAGGAGGGGGAAAUGAGGAAAAUUAUUUGGGAUCUAACUUGUGUUUAUGAUGUUCAGCAAAAGAAAACUAUAUAUGGUUGCAGAAUGUGUAUCUUGUCGGUUCUUUUUUUAUUUUUUAUUUUUCUAAUGAAUCUGUCAUAAUUUGUAGAAUUUUAUAUGGUGGUGGGAUUUGUUAU